AUCCGAGAUAGCCGAUGUAUCACGAUUGAUCUAACGGAGGAUUCCUGAUGUUUCUUUGGGUGCAGAAAAGACGAACUUUGACAAGGGAAAUUCGUACGGCAUCUACAUAUUUAGUUCGAUUUGUGUAUAUCAAAAAGUUUCUUUGAAAUGGUUUCCCCAGACAUGUGUGAGCUAAAGAAGUCUGAUGAAUUUGAAGAAGUGACAUUUAUAAGUGGACCUCUAACUGAGACAUGUAUAUCACUGAGGAUAAACUCUGUCGGUAAGAAGACUGAAAUUGAAAAUUUCGAAACGCAUGAUGUUCCAUGCCUCCCAGUUAUGCCAUCUGAACAUUUAGUCAACAGUCAAAAUGAAAGUUCAGAACAAAAAUUAGAUUUGGCAUUCACGGGGGCCUUGUGCAGAUCUGGCCAAUGCAAACCAGGCAAUGGAUCUAGCAAAAGAAGAUCCAGCAUAAGAAGAUCUAGCAAAAACUGGUCAAGCAAAAGAACAUCCAACAUAAGAAUAUCUAGCAAAAGCAGGUCAAGCAAAGGAAGAUCUAGCAAAAGCAGGUCAAGCAAGAGAAGAUCCAGCAAAGGAAUAUCUAGCAAAAGCAGGUCCAGCAAAAGAAGAUCUAGCAAAAGAAGAAUGAAAAACUUCAAGUACUGGCAUCUUAGUAUUGCAAUUGGACUAAGUUUUUACAUGCUACCAGUAGUCCAUGCUCUUCCAGAAUCAAGGAAAGAUGAUGGAUAUGGCAGUUUGACUACAUGUACAUGCAGUUUCAAGUGGCAAUUGUCAACAGAUCACAUUGUUAAAAUUAAUGGAAAUGAAGUUGGAAUGUGUAAUCAUUAUUGCCAUAAAACUGAGGAAGAAAUGAAAAACGAGAAAAUUAUUCUAAAAAAAGACGGCAAUGUUAAUCUUCUGGAGAUAAAAUCAAAGUCAUGUGCUGAUGUGCGCGUGACCAUUGUCUUAACUGGACACAAGGAAGAGGAAACUGUACCACAGAGUGGUGACAGUUGUGCUGAAAAACUGAAAAAUGGCGGACAACCAGCCAUCAACAUUCAGCACGUCUGGAUAUGGCCAAUGAUAAUUGCAUUAUGCAGUAUCAUUAUAAUCGCAUAAAUCAGCAGUAUGUUCUUUUCCAAUUAAACAAUUUAGACAAAAGAUAUAAAAAAGCCCUGUAUUCGUACCUUUAGAUCACAUUGUUCCAUGGUCUGCAAAGUGGACAUCAAGCCAGGCCCUCAUGACUCAGAUUUGCGCCUUGUAAUAAGAUGUUGUUGAGUGAAUACUUUGAGUGUUUUUGUAUUUUUGCCUAGUUGAAUCAAUGUUUAUGGUGUUUCAAAUAAUUGUAUUUCAAUUGUUUUCAUAUGUCAACAGUUCAUUUUUUAAUAUAGUAUAUAUCUGUG